GCUGGUCUCAGCUUUAAUCAUGUGUUAUUGCCACGUUUUAGAGCUUAACUUCUGUUGAGUCAGUAUUGCAAAACUGUUCCUGAAAGAGCUUUUGUUCUCACAAAAUUACAGACUUACUAUAUUCAAGGGCACAAAGUGUUAGCAGUGGCCAAGAAAUGUUUGAUGUAGCUGAGGGUGUAAGGGAUAAGCAGUGUCCAAAGCUACUCAUCACACUCUGACACCAUCAGCAUAGGUCAAUACCACUGUGUAGAAUGGAGCUAUUUGAAAACAAUUUUGUUUCGCUCCAGCUGUCUGUGAUUCAAACCUCAUCUCCUGGCUUGAGAAGAAGAAUGGUACGUUAAUCAUUACAAAAACCAGGAUGAGUGUUUUCUUCCUAUGUGCUGCCGUAGUAGAGCUGGCACAGCGCCCAUCUCCUCAAUUCACAGUGUCCUUAGUCAGUGUAGUGGGUUUGCUUGGCAAGGUUUUGGUAGCAGGGGACUACAGGAGUGGCUUCUGUGAGCAGUUGCCAGAAGCUUCCCCCAUGUCCAACAGAGCCAAUGCCAGAUGGAUCCAACACGGACCCACCGCUGGACAAGGCUGAGCCCACCAGCAACGGUGGCAGAGCCUUUGGGAUAAAAAUUGCUGCAAAACCACAACUGGAAGAGAGGAGUGAGAAUGUGUGAGAGGAACAGCUCUGCAGGCACCAAGCCUAUGAAGUGAUCUGACAUAUAUGAAAGAGAGGAAUAAAAAGCUUCCUUACAUACAUGAAUCUUUUAGUGAGCCUCUGAUCUGAUAUUUCCUCCUGAGGAGAAGCAGACAUCAUGAAGCAGAGAUUCAUUUCAUCAGUUCAAAUUAUUUUGCAACUUGCUCUGACUACAGCAGGUCUGACAGGUCAGUCAUACCCUGGCAAACCUAAGAUAAUAAGAUGUCGUUCUCUAGAAAAGGAAACCUUUUCUUGUUGGUGGAAGCCUGGCUCAGAUGGAGGCCUUCCUACCAAUUACACCCUGUUCUACAGCAAGGACAGUGAAGAAAAAAUCUAUGAAUGUCCAGACUACCAAGCAUCAGGUCCCAAUUCCUGCUACUUUGAUAAAAACCACACUAAUCCCUGGACAACAUAUAUUAUCACUGUAAUGGCAACGAAUGAGAUUGGAAGUAACAGCUCAGACCCUCAGUAUGUGGAUGUAACCUCCAUAGUUCAGCCAGAUGCUCCUGUGAACCUCUCUCUAGAAACAAAAACAUCUGCUAGUAUAACAUACCUUUGGGCAAAAUGGUCUCCACCUCCGUUAGCUGCUGUCAGCUCUAAUUCACAUGUAUAUCACUAUGAGCUACGACUUAAACCUGAGGAAAAGGAAGAGUGGGAGACAAUAUCUGUUGGACUGCAGACACACUACAAGGUGACUGGGUUACAAGCUGGGGUGAAGUACAUUGUUCAGGUCCGUUGCAUGUUAGACCUUGGAGAAUGGAGCGAAUGGAGCUCUGAAAGAAACAUCCAAAUCCCCAAUGGAGAGUCACCUCCUGAAAAGCCUACCAUAAUAAAGUGCCGUUCUCCUGAAAAGGAAACAUUUACUUGUUGGUGGAAACCUGGUUCAGAUGGAGGACAUCGUAUUAACCACACUUUGCUUUACAGCAAAGAGGGAGAAGAAAAGGUUUAUGAAUGUCCAGAUUACAAAACUGCAGGCCCCAAUUCAUGCUACUUUGAUAAAAAGCACACCUCUUUCUGGACCAUAUACAAUAUUACUGUGAGGGCAACUAAUGAAAUGGGAAGUAAUGUCUCUGAUCCUCAUUACGUGGAUGUGACUUACAUAGUACAGCCAGAUCCUCCUGUGAACAUAACUCUGGAAUUAAAAAAGUCAGUAAAUAGAAAACCAUAUCUGGUCCUGACAUGGUCUCCACCUCCACUAGCUGAUGUCAGAUCUGGAUGGCUUACUCUUGAAUACGAAUUGCGAUUAAAGCCUGAAGAAGGAGAGGAAUGGGAGACUAUUUUUGUUGGACAGCAAACACAAUGUAAAAUGUUUAGUUUAAAUCCUGGAAAGAGGUACAUUGUACAGAUUCACUGCAAACCUGACCAUCACGGAUCAUGGAGCGAGUGGAGCCCAGAAAUGUACAUUCAGAUUCCUACUGAUUUUAGAGUAAAAGAUAUGGUUGUGUGGAUCAUUGUUGGUGUCCUGUCAUCUCUAAUAUGCUUAAUCAUGAGCUGGACAAUGAUUUUGAAAGGGUACAGAAUGAUGGCCUUCAUCCUACCACCAGUUCCAGGACCAAAGAUAAAAGGCAUAGAUAAACAUCUGUUAGAGACAGGAAAAUCUGAAGAAUUACUGAGUGCUCUUGGUUGCCAUGGUUUCCCUCCAACAUCAGACUGUGAUGAACUACUGAUAGAAUAUCUGGAGGUAGAGGACAGUGAGGAUCAGCAACUCAUGCCAAGCCAUGACAAUCCCAGUAAAAAUAUGAGAAUGAUACCCAAGGAAACAGACAGUGACUCAGGCCGAGGGAGCUGUGAUAGCCCUUCCCUGCUCUCUGAGAAGUGCAGGGAGCCUCGUGCCCUUCCAUCAGCACUUCAAACACAAGAUGUAAGAGCUGUCCAAGAAAAUAAAGGAGCAAAAAGGAGCUGGGAAACUCAGUGUAUAGCCUCAGAACAGGAAGCACUCCUUUUUAACAAUGAGAGUACAAAGUCAUCCACAUGGCCUGCAGUUCAGUUACUACCUAAUAAUCAGCUUCCUGUGUUUGCUUACCACAGUACUGUGGAGGCACACACGAUAAUACUGAGUACCACAAAUGUGAACAUUUCACCAGUUUUGGUGGGAAAUGAAGAAAAGCAUCAGUCACGAUAUCCUGUCACUGAAGCUGUCCAUGACAACAUGGAAAAGCAAAGAGAGAUGGAGUAUUCCACAACUGAACAAACUACAGUGCAGGUCAAACAAAACAGACAUAAUGACAAGUCACCUUUCUUGAAUCCUAAACUAAUGGACUAUGUAGAAGUUCAUAAAGUCAGACAAGAUGAGGAGCCAACAGUAUUACUGAAACAUAAAGAUAAUAAUGGAAAGACCGAAAAAUACACUGUUCCAGGAACCAGCAAAGAAUAUACCAAGGUCUCAACAGUUGUGGACCAUAAUAUUCUAGUAUUAUUGCCAGAUUCACGCAUCCAGCACACACCUGUAUCUCAAGAACCUGCAAUGGAAACAUCACAGAACCUUCAGCAAGGUCAAGCUGAGAAAAAUAUGAGCUACUGCCUGACAGCUCCAAGUGACUGCAAAAGAGAGACCAGUGGGUCAGAGUAUAUGGACCCAUCUUCCUUUAUGCCCUCCUUUAAAUAACCAGUUAAUACAGUACAUACUUAUAUAUGUCCAGUAAAACAAAAUCACAUAGCGAACAGUCCUUCAAAAAAGCCUAGCCUCCAAAAGCCUAGUCUCCUGUGUGUAUUGUACAGAUAAUAAAAUAGACAGUGGGUUGAGGUAAUAAUCAUGGAAGUAAAUCAUGGAGCAUUAACGCACGUUUCUGACACAGUGAAAUGAGGAAGUGGAUAUUGCCAUGAAAAACACAUAGUAAAAUAAUUAUUCAGUUCUGCAAAGCUGUUAAUUGAUUAAGCCUGAGGGAGUACAAAGAUGAAAAUUGUUACGGGUCAGUCAGCACACCAUGGUGAUCGGAGCAGUUCCUAUGUUAGAUAAAUCAUUGCACAGCAGUAUUGUUAUCUACAGUGUCUUUUCUUCUGAAUUAAGAUUUCUUUAUAUUUUUUUCUCAAUCCUUGAGAAAAAAGGAGUCACUGUAUAUGACAAAUCACAGAUAAAAAGAAUAUAUUCUACAAAUGACAGUAAAAUAACAAAUUCUUCUAAGGAUAUUUUUGCUUUGUUUCAACGUGAUAGAAAACUUUGCAUCCCAUUCAUAUCCCAGUCCAGGCAAACCAAACAUGAAAAAAAUAGCAGGAUAAUAUUUGAUAUACUGCCUUACUGUAUAUAAUAUACAAUUCUACUUUAGUAUAAGCCCAUAUGUUUAACAAUAUAUUUUUAAAGGCUAUUUUUCUAUUAUCAACAAAAGAGCAAAAUAAAAUAUUUUUUAAUUUCCCAGUGUUAUUUAGCUACUUAGGAACUUUUCUGUUUCCUUCUGCUGAGACAGGAGUAACAAGUAAAGCUACAAUUUCUAUACAAAGCAUGAAAUUAAACUUUAUACUAAUUAAGAAUAUGAAGAAAUUUUUGAACUAUAUUUCUAAUAUAUUACAGAUAUAUUACUAUUUGAAUUGUAAAUUAUUUCUUUCACACCUUUUUUAUCACCUAUAAUUAUAUAAUUAAAACAGAAUCUAGGUUUUGAGAGGAAAAUUUCUUUCCCUUUGAAUUUAUAGUCUGACGCCAACAGUGAAUGGAAUGGUGUUCUCCUGCAUCCUUAGUCAUUGCACUUUUCUCUGAGUCUGGAGGAAAAGUUUGAAGUAAGAUUUUUCAUAAUGAAUUUAUGAACAUGAGUUCUGGAAACCAGCCUCUAAAGUCAAAGAUAAGAGGCAUAAAGUCUGAGUCAUAGAUCUGCUGAAAUAGCAAUGAGAAUAAGGAAAGGAGUCCAUGUACUAGAGCUGGAUGUAUGUCCCCAGAACAGCAGUGGGAACAGUAAGGAUUCAUUGUAUCCCAUGUAAACGGAGACAGAAUCAAAAUUGUACUGUAGUGGCUGUGAAAUUACUGUGGUCCUCCCUUCUUGAAACAAAAGUUUAAUUUACUCCAGAAAAGUACGACCAAGUGAUGACUGAUUAAAACUGGACCAAAUAUUUAGCCACUCUCACUAGCUUUAGGGGAAACUGGAAACAUAAGGUAAGGGAAUGGUUCUGUACAUGUGAAGGAAAGUGUAUUUGAUAAAUGGACUGACUCUCUUUUGUUCUUCUCCUUCCUGAACAGUUCUACGUUUCUCUAUAUUUUCAUGAUUUUAUGCACUGAACCAACCUUCCUGCAGUAUCAGGUACCUGCUGCAGAGCUAGCCAAAAGAGAAUUUCAGAUUUUGAAGGUCCCAGAAGGCCAUAUCUAAUUUGACAAAUCAGAUUCUCAUCCUUUACCUUCAAUGCCAUGGAACUGCUCAAGUACAGAUUAGUUGAGCUAUCUAGCCUUUCCACAGGCAGGACUUAGGAAUUUAACUGUUUGUCUGUAUGUCUAUAAACAUAUGUGUUAGUGUGGACUGUAACAUUUACUUUAGGCAUCAGAUUUGGAGCCUAAGUCCUCUAUACAGGUAAUGUACUGCUGACUUCCAGAGGCUGAUCAGAUCAGUCUGGCUGCUCUGAUGAAAGUGUGGGGAGAUAUCUUAGAUUCUUAAUACAUCCACUUAUUUAACACUUGAAGACAUGAAAUGGCUACUCCAGAGAGCAGCCAGACAUAAAACUUUGUUCAGUUAUGGUUAACAGAAUAAUUUUACUGCAGAUAUACUUUUUUCGUAGUAUAUCUUACAAAUUUCUAGAGAUGCUAAAAGUACUGCAAAGAAACUAUUGAGUUAUCAGAAAAAAACUGGAAUGUUUUUCAGGACAGCAGCUUGUCUGUGUGCAAGUAUGUAAGCUGGUUAUACACUAUGUCUGACAGUGUUUAAUUUACACUUCAGUUUUCUGACUGAAUCUGACAGAGCUAAUCCAGACCAGACACAUUCUCUUUCUUUACACAGAUAGUCACUUCUGUGUUGUUUCCUACACCUAAUGUUGUACAUAAAGACAUGCUGCUACAGGCCUUCUGGGAGGCAUCUAGUGAUGCACAGAAGGAUAUAGAAUCUUACCAAGCCACAGCCUAAGAAUGUUCCUCAUAUAGUGGAUUUCUCAGAUUAAAGCACAUGUGACUACACAGACCUACAACAGCAGCAGACUGUUGCUGUGGUAUUGAUUACUUUGUACCUGAGGCAAACUGGCACAACUUUUGGCAGAUUUUAAGAGUAUGAUUCAUCCCAUAGGCAUGUAUGCCUCCAGUAAUCCACAGAGGGAGAGAGUCAAAGAGUUUCUAUGCUUUGUCAUGAAUUAGUACUGAACUGCAAAAUAGCUGUAGCAUAAACUACAUCAUGUGGUGUUGAUUCUAUUCCACCUUUGCUGAUGAACAUCUCAAUAUGCCGGAUCAUCGUGGCUCUCAGUGAAAAGGUAAAUUCAGCCAGAGUGGAAAAGGGGACAUUUGCUCACUACAUGAAGUUUUGAGGGAUUUGCUAGUUAAAUAUAAUAUAAACACAAUUUUUAUAAGUAUACUUCAUUCUUUAAGCUGGACAAAUGUGCAGAUUGAUUAUUUUUUCCUUGGAUUUGCUUAUGUUCUCCAAAAUACCUUGUUACUCCCAAGGGCGGAGCAACACCUUCUGGAAGAGACCUUUAACAUCUGAAAGUAUAUGACAAAAAUAAUAAACUAUUGUUCUGUGAAAUCAGAAUAACCUUCAGCUAAGUGUUUGGUCCUUUGAAUGUUCAAAUAUUUAAUUCUUUCUGUUUGUGAUGAUAUUUUUGCUUGCAGUACUUAAACUUUUUAUUAGGAAAUAGAUGAGCUUUUGCAGCAGUUGUACACAGUCAAUUGGUGUAAAAUUAUGACACACCAGUAGGGAAUAACAGGCUCUUGACACCUCCUUUGAUAUCCAAAGGGAUGAAGUAUACAACAGAAUUUACCCCAGAAACAGUGAUUAGCCCAAUAGCUCUUGCACCAUAAGUCAAAUUUGUCACUUUGAAUAAUUAUUCUAAGAGUGCAAAUGAUGUUUUCAAUGUCAAAGCUAUGCAUGUGUCAUUCAUAGUGUGAAUUACUUUGUAAUAGCAUAAAAGCCCUAAAAGGAAGAAUAAAGACUCUUCAAAAUAAUUAGUUUUAUAAAAUUCAUAAAAUUGAAUAUAUAUUUUUAAUUAAUUACCUUUCCUUUUGACUCAGACUAAUUUUAUUAACUUUUUUUCAGUACUGACAAAUAUGAUUCAUUAUUGUACAUUUUCUAAUUAGACUUUUUUUUUAGCAAGGACAUAUUUGAUGUACUAUUUUAGUAUCUCAGUGUUAUAUUCCAGACUUCUAAAGAAAUACAUGUUAUUGAAUUGGCACGUGUGCUCACAAAGCUCACUGUCACACAUAAUGCAGCCUUGAAAAUGGUCUUAACAUCAUGUAACUACAAAGAUUAUUUCAUAAAAAUGCAGUAAACUGACCUUAUAUAAUAUUAGUAAGAGGAUAUAUGUGUUUAUGGAAUAAACUGUAAAACAAAUAUGUAAUGAUGAUUUAUGUUAAAGCAGUGAAUUUUGUAGUAUAUCUGUCUAUGUGUCUAUGUUUAAAUGGCUGAAAAAUAGACAGUUGCUUUAAAUGUCAUUUAAGUAUUUAAAGUGUCGUGGCAGCAGGUGUUCAAAAUGAAUAAGCAGAAUUUUUUUGUGCUCUCUGAAGCAUUGUAUGUGUGGGGUUCACCUCAUGAAACCUGUAAGUGUAUUUCAUAAUUUUACAGUAACUGUAAAUGAUUUGAGGGUGUUGUGCAAGGAAACUGAAGUCACUUAAGCCAGUUGAUAGAUACCAGACAUCUUCUACAAAGCCAUAAAGACAAAUAAAAUGAAAAAAAUGUCAUGAGAUCAGGCAUCAUAUUCUCAAAUAAUUGCUACCUCAGAUUUUUUUUUUCUCCCUUUAAAAGGCAGGCAAAACCAUUUUGCUUUUUGUACAAAAUAGUGCAUCAGUCUAUCAAGAUUUAAAAAGACUUAUUUUUAAAUCCAAAUUAUUUUUGUUAACAAACGGCUUGUCAUGGAAUCGUCACUUGUUUUGCACUGGUAGUAUGAGGAUGAGAUAUUUGAGAUGAGUGGCAAAAUUAAAUAUUUUUAAUGUGAAAAAAAAAACACUGAAAAUUCCAUUUUGUAGGAAAAGCCAUGUUUCCCAGCUUGGCAGUCAAACAUCAGUCCCUUUCCUGACCUGAAAAGUUUAUUGCCACUGCCCAUGUUGCCAGGUUGCUAGGACUGAGCGAGCCAAAUUUCCAGAGAUGCCCUCAUUCUGGAUCUAAGCAUUUAUCAAUACUUGCUAUUUAGAAAUACCUGUUUUCAGCUGAGUUCCUAGGAAGUAAAUCUUUUCUGUCUCUGAAUAAGCAAAAGUGGAGACGCCUACUCUCAAGUGUCUCAAACCCUCAUAUUAAAUUCAGACUCCGGUUCCCUUGGGUGUGGAAAGAUGGACUGAAUUACAAUUUGAACAAACUUGUGACCCUGCCUUGAAAAUUAUUUUGAAACAAAUCAGGGAAUUUCUUCAUCUUUCCUGUGUAUGUUGAGCAGGAAAAUAAAGAUAAGUGGAUACAUAAAUACAUAAUAUAUGGGGAUAUAAAGAGCUUAAUGAUCAUAGAAACAUAGAAUUGUUUAGGUUGGAAAAGACCUGUAAGGUCAUAGAGCCCAAAUGUUAUCACAGCACUGCCAAGUCCACCGCUGAAUGACGAGAACAGGGACAAGGUUGCUGUAUGUGGCAGAAUGGGAACAGUACAGUCACUAUAGCACAGUACAUGGGUAGAUGAUGAAAGAAAAAAUGCAUUUUGACAACUACUGAGAAGAGGAGGAGGGAGAACAGAAAAUGGAAGUGAAAGAAUCAAAUGUAAGAGUAGACAGGAAAAAAUGAGAACUAGUAGAGCUGAGAGGAGUGAUAAAUGAGUUACUGAGGAAAAAAAAAAAAGAGAAGAAAAUACUUCUACAUCAAAAGUGGGAAUAAGCACAGCUACCUGAUACAGUCCACGAAAGUAGUAAAGCCUUAUUAAAUGCUAAAGAGCUGGCAAAAUGCUGAAAUCAGCUACUAUGGAUCAGCUAUUACAUAUGAAGGAAAAAGUCCUUCAACAACAUGAGAAGUUGUCAUUCACUUCCUAUCAGUUACAGGGUUUCCUUCCGCAUAUCUGAUAUUGGUCCCAGGCAAGCACAGUACUUGAAGAGCUAGAUUCUGCAUCUGAGUGCUAUUGCAUUUCCUACAUUCCUAAGGAAAAAAGCUCCAGAGGAAUAAAGUGUACCACACUGCUUUUAAAAGCAACCUUCAAUUUUUCAGACAGAUAUACAGAUUAGGUGUAUUUAUCCAUUUACUUUGUCCCACACAUAUGCCUACCAUUCUUAAACAUUCUUCUGUUUUUAUUUAUUAAAGUUAAUGCAAUGACCUAGAAGCUCCAAGGGAAAAAAUAUUUUGGGGAUAUUAAAAGAGUCUCUUGGCAUUUCUGGGCGUUGUUUCAAUUUGUACCCGGGACAAUGUAUCUGUUAAUAUUUUCCUUAAUCAGAAAGUCUGUCUUGGUGAUAAAUCCGGAAAAUUUUAGAAAAUUACCAAGAGAGGCUUAAAAUACAUAUCUUCAAUUUAAGUUAAGCUUUUAAGAGACACUAUUAUAUCUGUUGAAAGUAAUGAAAAAUACUCAAAUUAGUUGUGUGGCCUCUUACAGUGCUGAUAUGCUAAAAACUGAUCUUAUACUCAAGAUAUUGGUGUAUAGAGCAGUUAGAUAUGAGAAAGUCCUUUUUUAUAUAUUCCUCUUUUAUUUUUGGAAGUUUUAAUGUCUUUUUCUACUUUGUGAUGCUGCUUGUCUUGUAUCUUGUCUUUAUUUAACUUUUUUUUGGAUAAUGCUGCUUUUGGGUCUAUUUUUAUGAGCUGUUGAAUACUUUCACCUCAUUUUGACAUCAGUAAAAAUUAAAAGAUUUCACUUCAGUUCCUGCAAUGGUCAGUUUUAGAGACAUAGCACUGAGUGGAAUUUUUACAGGAUGCUGGAAAUCUUUGUACAAUUCACUUGUAGAGAAUACUCCUUCAAGAGGAUGGAAAACUAGACAUGUCUGGGAAGAGGCAUCUUUUUCUACAGGUAGAAAUAUAAUGAUGUCAGAUCAUAUUUUAUAAAAUUCAUAAUACUGUAGACUACUCUUAAUUCUCAUCUAUGUGUCCUUCAUUCCAAAAGGAAGAGGAAACUACUGCUCAGUAUAAUCAGAAAGAGCUUUAGUAUUUAUUUUUCAUCUUGGUAAGUAAUUUUUUUAAUUCUGACUACCAAUACCAUUCACCAUCUGAAAUAACACAACCAUAAGUUCCAUAUAUGCAUUAUAUUGCUCAGACAUACUCAGCAUUAUCUCGACUUCUGAAAUCUUUAUAUUGUGCUUUGUAUAUUUUAUAGUCAUUGUGUAAAAUAUAGCAAUACUGAGGGCACUGGUAUGAAAAAGUACAGCCCAGAAAAAAUAUGUUAGCACUCAUUAACUAAUCAUAUUUUUUCAAAUUUUUUCCACCCUGUUAAGUGAAGGGAAAAGUUUCUGGAACUUCCUUGCCUUUAAUUGUGCCAGCAGUCUCUCAAAGAAACAUAAAUUGCAUCUUCUGAAUAAUACACAGAAUAAACAGUGUAUUUUCAGAGGUGAAAGAGAUGACCCAAUAUUUAAAGCCAAUGUGUUUCCAUUUGCAUAAUCAUUUCAUUGGUAGCCUUGCAAUACAAGCUAGGCAUUUUCCCACUAAAAUUUCAGAAUUUGUAUGCAAUCUGGAACAUCAGUGUUGUCCCAGUAGCAACAGAAUGACUUUAAGCACAAUUAUUCUGUGAACCGAAUCCAAAUUUUUUGGAAAUUUCUAAAAUACAAGAAAUUGUAAGAAUUAGAUUUCAUAUGUAGUAUGUACAUUGGUUGGAGAAUACUGGUAUAAAAAUAGUUGCUCAGGAAUUCUUCAUUGUUUCUAAGUGAAUCUGAAGGAAAAUGCUUUAAAUGCAUUUUUUAAGUUUGUAAUAUUGAAAAUGCUGGCUUUAUUAAAAUCUGUUAGUGUUUUCACUUGUAAGAUCAAUAUUGUUCUGAAGUCUGUAGCUUUCUGAUGGAAUUUUCAAUCUUUUGUCAUUGUAAAAUCUCUUUGCAAUGGUGUUUGCAUUUCAAUUUAAUAAAAAUUCUUGAAUAAA